UAACGUCACCAAUUUUGUACAAUUAUUAUUAUUUUUAUAAAAAAAAAACAGUUUUUAUGAUAUAUUACAGGUUUGCAAACGAAACAUGAGAUGUCCAGACACCUGCUUCAUAUUUUUUGCAUACUGGCUAUACCCAAUCUGAUUCCAAUCAGUUGCACUGAGGCAAAGGAUCAAAAACUUAGUAUGUCGCAUAAGGAAGCCUCGUCUUGGCUGAGAAAGCAGGACGACUUGGACCCGAAGCAUUACAAUAGACUAUAUGAUGCCUAUCGGGAGCGAAUAAAAGGGGAGGGACCCGAAGAUGCCAAGGUCGAGGUCGAGGCAAAGAUGGAAUCAAAAGAUCCAGUACCGCCGCAAAGGGAUCUCACUUCGUUACCCAAAAAGACAAAACAAAAAGAAAAGCUAAUUGCUAAAGAGAAAGAUUCUACAGAAUUUUCCAAUAUCAAAUUCGAUGCCACCGAUGAUCGGCCCUUGGAAUCGGGCAACUCUUUAGCUCGUCUUCCACAUCGGAAUAGAGAAAAUCAGAGUGUUAAGGCUAUAGACGAAACUAAAGAACGAGUAGAAGAUAAAAGCCCAUUGGUGGGAAGUAUGAUUUUGCUAAAACUGGAUGUACCCGAAAAAAUGCUACGAGUAAAAAAACCAGAAAAUAUCAAGGAUCCUGGAGAACGUCGAAUUUCCGAGCUCAAUCGCAUAUACCAAGAGGUAUUGAAAGUCUGGCAAAAGCCAACACCAAGUCUGACCUCCAAGUCUGUUCCGCCGAAACCUCUAAGCUCGUCGGGAUCUGUGAAAAUAAGUGCUUUAACAGAUUUAAUGGAUGUGAUUGAGCGGCUUCAGAAAAGCGAUUUGGUCAAGGAAUUGGCCGAUAAGAUAAACGAAGAAAUGGAACCCAAUUUGCAGAAUCAAAUCAAGCAGGAUGCUCUACUAGUAACAGAUAGUAGAGCCUCAUUGAGAGCUAUAAAGAAAAACAAUAUAUCCGGGAUCUUUGAAAAUAUGGAGCCCGGAAGUGCUGCCAAUGCCUUCAAAAGAUUGUUAGAUGACAUAAACUCCAGGAGAUCAAGCAUUAAGGCUGGUGGACUUUACGAUGAGUAUAAGAAGGGCUUCUGUCAAUUAUUUAAUGAUCAUAAAGUUCCCAGAGAAUCCCAUAUUAUUAGUGAAACGGAUUAUCCUACGGACAGCGAGUCGAGUCGCCGGAUGAACAGUGAGGACAACCUUCCAAGUCACUGUGAUAAACAGAAAACGACUACUGUUGCGUGUGACGAACCAGAAAGUAAGGCCACAACCAAGAUGUGUGUUCCUAUUAAAAAACCAACUCCGAGCAAUCAGUGUGAUAAACCAAAAGCGACAACUCCAAAAUGUAAGGAACCACAGAGUAAAACCACAACUAAGAGCUGUUUUUCGAUUGAAAAUCCGAGCCAAGGCAAUAACUAUCUAAAAGCCCUGCAAACAUUUAUCAAAAUGAACAAGGAAAGUAAUCAGAACGGCGGCCUUAAGCCCUAUUAUCUACCAAACUCCAAAAAUCGUCAGCUAGUUUGGAAUGACAUUCCAUUGAUAAAGCCUGGUCUCAACGAAUCACCUAAGGACACUUCAGAGAGUAAGCCGCAUUAUAAGCCAUCUAGCAAGCCCGUUCAAGAGAUUAUAGUGUCCGAAAAGAAGCCCGAUAGAGUAACUAGCUCUACACCUAACUCCAAAAUCGAAACUAAAGUGAUGGAGUCUGUGCCAAAAAUACAAUCGGUUUUCUCAGGACUGGAUCCCAAACAGAUAAUAGGUGGCCUGAAGGCCAUCAAGCAAUCUUCAUUCUUUAACUUGGUGGAUGAGUAUCAGAAGCAAAUCGAAAAUCUCAAUCAGGCGUUGAAAACAAAGCAAAAUUGGUGGAAGGAGGUUUUGGAGAAGGGACAAAACCCAGCCAGGACACCCAUGAAGAGGAACAUACUCAUGGCUAAUCCAGCUGCUGGCCACCUUUUGCAAGCACCGUUUCCCGAGGUGCUAGUCAAUCAGCCAUCACAGCUGGGCGGCAGUAAUGUCAUUGAUACCAUGGCCACUCAAAUGAACCUAUCACCUUUGGAGGUGGCUCAAAGGAUUGUGGGUACCGGUCAAAAUACAGGCGAUGGUGUAUUGAGGUAUGCACCCAGUCGCAUGCCAUCAGCAAGUCAGAUCGGAAGUAGCUCCCGAAAGGGAUCAGAGAUCAUGUGCCAAGUCCCAAGUCCACCAUCACAGUCGCCGCAUCAACAGCCAGAGGACCAGUUGGGAAUUUCUCCGGUUCUAGACAAGAUCCUGGAACGAUUGGAGAGCAUUCAGGCAAGCAAGUCCAAUCAAUCGUCGGAAGAGGAGGAGGAGAGGAAGCUGCCCUGCUGCUUCGUGGAUCCGGCCGAUGGUGCCCCCUGCGAUCUAAACGGAUCGUGGGAAUCUCAGGUCCUUGGCAUUCGCAUAAACAUCAAGAGCCCGCCAACAAAUUCAGUUGGCGAUGAAGCGGACAAGCCCACCUGUAGCCAACACAAAGGUCGUGCCUAUCGCAGGACGAGACGACAGUGCGUCAAGAUGAACAAGACGCAGUUAAAGGAUGCGACCGAAUUGAAAACUCCCAAUUUCCAAGGCAUUAAACUAAACAUUAGUGUGCAGGAGACAGUGCCGCCGAGGGCCCACGAUCUCCUGGAUAAUCUCACCGAUUGGUAUUUCUCGGGACAAACUAUGAUGAUCCUGGGCGGGCCACUUUCUCUAUCCUUCCGCAAGGCGAAUUCCAAUCUGAUCGGCCACUUUGUUGGCUAUUGUCGCACCUGCGGCUGUGUGGAUACCAUUUUUGGCUCAUGGAGCUUCUGCCAGCCAUCACGGGAUUGCCAGGACAUCUGUAUGUCGAUAGUGGACAGACGGGAUAUGCUACGACGAUACAGUAUGGAUGAGCGGCGAAAGAAUCGAUUCAAGGAGCAGCUCUAUAUGGGCAGCAAGUUCGCCAAAAUGGAAAAGGAGCGCCAGAUGGCCGAGCAGGAAAAGUGCCACAAACUUGCUCCUCAAGCUUCACGCGAAACGAAUGGGAAUCCAAGCACAUAAAUCAAAGUUGAAUUUAAAUUAAUUAUU